CCUAUACUUAUACACAUGAUUAUAUUUAAAUUUAUUUCUGCGACAAGAACUUGAUUCAAAAUGAAAAAAACAAAUGACAAUUGACCUGUUUGUUGAACAGAAAUAAAAAUGCUCGUUGAUGAAAAUUAAAAGAAGUCACAAGAGCAAGCAUCAUUUUCAUGAAGCAGGAGAAAAAGUCGUUACGGCCAUUUUUGGCGCCGUAAUAAAUCUACCUGCAUCCUAAGAGUAGUUGCCAGGUUCACCAUGGACCUAUGCGGACGCGACUCAUCGCUGCACUCGACAAGCUGAUGCAUAUCGUCCAUAAAUUCGCUGAAAAAAAGCUGGCUCGCACCUCUUUUCAUCAGGAGUCAGGACAUAAGUGCUAGAUUGUUGAAUAUACUGAGAUCAACGCAUUUGGUGCUCCGAUGCUGUGUUGUUGCUCGUUUUAACAUGGAGGAUGAUGACGAUUACAGCGACAGUAACUACGGCGAUAUUUACGUAGGUAGCAACUAUCUGGGGGAACUUUACGAGAGAUUAACGGCUGAUGAGAACGCCAGUAUGAGCGACGAUGACAGUAGCGAAGCCGGCAGCGACGGCGAUCUGUAUGUAAUGUACGAUGAUAUCAUGGUGGACGAUUCCGACAUCGACGACGACGAUUUGACACCCGAGUACAACACGACGCAACCACCUGACGAAGCUUCUUCGCAGAGCGACGACAUGUUGGCAUCGAGCGAUGAUGAUGACGAAAGGCUCAGCGAAGCCAGCACCGUAAUCAACCAGGACCAGGACCACCCUAGCGAUGCUGACGUUGAAGUCGAUCAGCCUGACGAAGAAGUCAUUGAGCAAUCGCAAAAAAGAAUCAAAUUGGAUGUGCCUGAGCCACAGUCAGCACAAGCCAUUGCUGAUGAAACAAUUGGCGAAGAUCACAGGUGUCCAAUAUGUUUAGAACUCUGGAGCAAUUCUGGUGAGCAUAGACUUUGCUCAUUGCGCUGCGGUCAUCUGUUUGGCCUUAAAUGCAUUGAACAGUGGUUUAACAUUGCCCAAAAUGCUACGGGAAGAAAGUGUCCGGAAUGUAAUACAAAAGCAUCCAAAAAAGAUAUUAGAAUUUUAUAUGCUAAAAAUCUAGUCUGCGUUGAUACAAGUGAAAUUGAAAAAUUGAAAGAAGAACUUAAAGUAAUGACAACUAAAAAAGAUUCAGCUGAAAUGCUACUUAAACAGUACAAAUCAAAAGAAACCCUUUAUGAACAGCAGUUGAGUUCUUUAAGAAGAAGGAUUCAAGAUUUAGAGCAGAAAGUCAAAAUAAUAUCAGAAAACAAUACUUUUAGUAUGAAAUAUGAUAAUGCAGUUCUGAAAAGGAACAAAGUUUUUGAUAUUUGUAAUGCUGGAACUUGUCGGGUUAUGGCUUAUAAUCAAUGGCACAAAAUUCUGGUGGUUUCUGCAAAGAAUGCAAUCAGCAGGAUAUUCAUGGAAACAUCCUCUGCCUCCACAAGUUCGAUAAUUCACGAUGCAGUUAUUAGAGACAUGGCCUUUCAAGAGCAACAUCCAGAUAUGCUUUUGAGUGUUGGAUUUGAUAAAAAAGUUAAAUUAACAGACAUAAAAAGUAAUAUUUUAGUGCAUAGUUAUCAAGCGGAGUCAAAUUUAUGGAGCUGUUGCUGGUCAAAUUACAGCUAUCAAACAUUCUUUGUAGGGGAUGUAAGAGGUGCUGUUACAGAAUACGAUAUAAGAUAUUUACAAUCUGGAGUUUCUACUAAAGAAAAUACACAAGAUAGAACUCCAGUAGUUUCUCUUGCUUCAGUCCCAACAACUAGCCAAGCUUUAAGAGCUGGAGGCUACUUGGCAUGUCAAUUAAACUCAUGUUAUGCAUAUGGCUGUAAAGAAGGCAAUCGUUAUGUUGGAAAUAAAAUUGAUGUGGAAGGACCUUUUACUUCCUUACAAUACAAUGAAAGGGACAAUCAUGUAUUGCUUUCAAGCCGUGCUAGUACAAAACAUCCAUUGAUUAGACAUAUAGUGUGUACAAUAGAAAAAAGUGAAGAUAAAAUUUACUUUAAUAAGGUGCAUUUAUUCAAUGCUGGAAGCUCACAAAAAUUGCUUUCAAGACCUUGUUAUAUGAAUUUGCAAAAUGACACGAUGGUUGUCGCCUAUAACGAAAGCUUGAGUAGUGUUGUUGCAUGGAGUAUAACAUCAGGUCAGCAAACUUACAGCCUACCAAUGUCUGAACCAGUACUGGACGUCUGCUCGUUUGGAAAUGAUGCUAAUAUGUAUCAAGCCAUUCUUACCUCAAAGAAACUUCAUCUUUAUAAUCAUAAAGACACAAGUAUAUAGUUAUUAUAUCGUUAAUCAAUGAAUACUGAAUUUAAUUCAAUAUAUUCUAUGGCUGCGCCUGUGAAAAUUCAAUCUGUUUUGACUAAAACAAAAUGUACAUAAAAUCGUGUAGAUUGUUUAUAAAUGAAGAUUCUUAGUUAAUUAUUUUUUAUUUAAAGUCAUUAGACAUAGUUUUACAUAUGUUUUUUACAGAUGUGUUUGAAUUUCUUAAAAAAAAAAGAAAAAACCAUAAAAAUAUGCAAGUUAAUUUUAAGUUUUGAUUUAAAAAAGACUGUACGAGAAAUUUCAAACGAAAUAUUAAAAAACAAAUUUAAUUUAAAAUUUUGUAUAAUAAUGAGAUUUAUAUUUCAUAUAGUUCAAGAUAAAUAAAAUAGAAUUGUUGGAAAAGAAUUGAUUUAUUAUUCUUGAGUAACUAAUUUACAUCGAAUAAAUUCUUUUCAAGCUUACAGAUUUCCGAUUCCGUCGUAAAGAAAGCAGUAUAGCACGACGUUUUAUGAUUCAUGUGUGAUUUUGAUGGAUAAAAACAUUGUCUGAUCUAGAAAAUAUUACACAUUAAGAUUUUUAAUUACCUGUAAGUGAUUAUACAUCAUAUAACGUUUUCAAUUUUUUUAGUGAAAGAUAAUAUACUUUACGAUUUAAAAUAUAUAAAUUUUAUUAUUUUAUAUUUAAAAUUGAUGUGUAAAAGUUAAUGAACACAGCCUAGAAAUAUUGUAUUUUAUUAUGAAUCUUUAUAAAUUUUAAAUCUAAGUUUGAUUCAAACAAAACUCACUUACAAUAUGUUAACUCAAGCAUCUUUCUGUGAAAUCUUCUCUAGUCUAGUUAAACACGUGUGUACUUUGUACAUAUUCGCUGUGAUGCUUCAGAAGACUGCGGAUCAGCGCAAUUUAAACUACGUUAUCGAUGACAAUUGAUAAAUGCAACGUCGUUCCUGAGCUUGGAAUGUAAACCACUCACUUUCUUCGGGGGCGUACGUCCUUUUUGUAUAUCCCUUUGUUUUCGAGCCCGAGAGAUGUGUUUGUGUUUACAUAAUUAAUGAAUAGACGAGAUUCGCCCUUUGACGUACACAUAACGCAACACCAAAAAUUUUACAAAAUUCGAUCAUCAACUAUGUAACGUUAAAGCGUAUAGUUCUUUUUACAGAUGUUGUAUAUUUCUAAAUAAAUCCUCUGCUACAAUAAUGUA